CGCCUCUUUUAUGUCAUCAGUAAGGGCCCCAAAUGGCAAAACAGAUUACGUCACUCGCCCGCGACCAACUGAUCUUCCAGCGCGAGAGCAGCACGAUGGAAGUGUGCGGCUCCUCAAAUGUUUCUCUGAGAGAGUUUGGUAGUGAACUGAGCCUGCUGUCUCGACCUGACGGUUCAGCGUCCUUCAUCCAAGGAGACACAAGUGUGUUGGCUGGAGUGUAUGGACCAGCCGAGGUCAAAGUCAGCAAGGAAAUCUACGACCGGGCAACACUGGAGGUGCUGGUACAGCCCAAAGUGGGACUGCCAAGUGUACGGGAGAGAUCACAAGAGCAGUGUGUGCGAGAGACCUGUGAGGCGUCUCUGCUCUUGUCACUCCAUCCUCGCUCGUCCCUCACUCUCAUCCUUCAGGUGUUACACGACGAUGGCUCGCUCUUGUCCUGCUUUUUGAAUGCUGCCUGCAUGGCUCUUAUGGACGCAGGCCUGCCGAUGAGCUGUCUGUUCUGUGGGGUGACCUGCGCCAUCGACACUGACGGUCAGAUCAUCACAGACCCCACUGCAGCUCAGGAGAAGGAAAGUCGAGCUUUGAUGACCUUUGCUAUCGACAGUACCGAACGCAGAGUAAUGAUGUCAUCAACCAAAGGAUCAUUUUCAGUUCACGAGCUGCAGCAGUGUAUCGCAGUCAGUCAGAAAGCAUCAGAGAAGAUCUUCCACUUCUACAGAGACUCUGUCAGGCGGCGAUACUCCAAAACGCUCUGAGGACACAUUCAAAGCAGCAGUGUUCUUCUUUUCUAGUCCUUUUUUUUCUUAAUGUAUAUGAAAAUGCAGAUGUUGGGCUGCCUGUGUUUCAGCUGGGUUAGGGGUGAGGUGAGUGCGUUUAGCAGGAAGUGGUGUGAAAAGACACACACACUGAACUGUGAGUCGGGGUGCAAAAUAAAAAAGGAGGGAAGACGAAUGUCAAACAAGUGCAUUUAUUGGGAUUCACUGAUUCAGUUUAAUAUUUACAUGUAAUAUAAGGAUGUGAACUGGGGAAACAACUGAAUAACCCUUGUACUAAUAAAACUUGUUUGCCGCAA